GAACCAACCUUAACAAAUUCUCUGACAUGACUACAACUGCUGAAAACAUUCCUGCAGAGGAACCUCCUGCUUCAAUUUCUGUGGAUCAGCAAUGGGGCAGAGUCCUCAUUUGUGGUGGAACAGACUGGCCAAAGCUGGGUCGCAAAGAGCGGGGAGGCAAGAGUGAAAAGGACGAAUCCGAGAAUCCAGACCUUCUCGAGCCCCACAUUCUUCGCUCCCUUAGCAAUGUAAAAAUAUCAUCAAUACACGCGUCUUGUUGUGGAUGUCACUUCAUCGCCAUUGACACUGACGGAGCAGCGUGGAUGUUUGGGCGCAAUGGACCUUCGGCCCCCCUCGGGGUCACUGGUGUUGACGCGAUCUCUGAAAAGGUGCCCAGAAGGUUACGGGCCAGUGAUUUGGGUGCACCCGAAUAUGCGAAGUUUGUGGAUGCUGCUUGUGGGAGGGGUCACUCGUUGUUGGUAGACAGCGAAGGUCAAGUAUGGUCGGCAGGUAUAAACAACCAUGGUCAGUGCGGACAUUCUGUCUGCGCCCAGGUAUCAACGUUCAAGCUAGUUGAUGGGCCUUUUCAUAACGGCGCAAGGGAACGCGUUAUUAAGGCUGCAGCAGGCAUAACCUUUUCUGUCGUUCUCACCGAAAGUGGCAAAGUAUUUACCUUUGGAAGUGGUGAAAAAGGACAGCUGGGAAAUGGAAGGACAGGGGAGCACAUUGUCACUGGUAACAAAACCGCGUAUGAUAUCGAAGUUGAGCCUAUCCGAGUAAGAGGCCUCGAUGACAAAAAAAUAGUACAAAUUUCGUGUGGUCAGCAACACACCGUCGCCCUUGAUUCUCAGGGUCUUGUGUACGUUUGGGGCUACAACGGGUAUUGUCGACUCGGUUUGGGAAACCAACAGGACGUACUCAUUCCGAAGAUUGUUCCUCAGUUUGCCGGGCCCAAUGAAGCGACGAUGGGCGCCCAUGUCUUUGCUGGCCCCUCGAAUACAGCUAUCAUUGAUAACCAAAAAAUGUACUGGAUGGCUGGCAAGUGGAAGAAUAGUGGCGAAGGAUCUUCUGGGUCGCCAUACUCGUCCUUCCGCUUCAUGCAAGACAUAAUGGCAUGCAAGAUGUCAAACGCUAGCUGCGGAGGAGUUACUCAUUUCGCAUUGACGGAUGACGAUGAUGGUGGCACCAUGACUGUGGCAUGGGGGCAGAAUGCCGCCAAUGGUGAGCUGGGCCUUGGUCCUGAUGAGCCGAAAAGUGCCACAAAGCCUACCCGUCACCAACCUCUGAGCGGAAUUCAGGUUUUCAGCAUAGCAGCGGGCCAGAACACAACCCUUUUCUUAGCGAAACCCAAUUCAAAGCUUUCCGAUCUACCUCGUCACCCUGUUGAAGUCGAAGCCCCUGAUUUAUGUGUAGUGUGUGAAAAGGAUAACGGAGACGACGACCCUGCUUUGGAAUGCGACAAGUGCGACCAUCCGUAUCAUUUAGGCUGUCUUAAACCUCCCCUAUCUGCAAUACCAGAAGGUGAAUGGUUCUGUCCUAAAUGUGUUAGUGACCAGGCUGCGCUUUCAGGUCCUUCCAAGAACGGAAAACCGAAGAGGGUGCCCAGGCUGAAUCCAAACACGCGGGGAAGCGAAAGGCGCCUUCCGCCACGAAGGAAGGAUCGUCAAAGCGCAAAAAGUAACUCUAAAGGGUUACAUAUGGACGAGUAAUCUGUACCCAAACAGACACCAUAUUUUAUUUUAACUAUUUCUUGGAUUUUCUGGGUGUCAUGGGAAAACAUGUUAACAAAUAACAAUGGAAAAUAUUUCACGGGGUUCACUUCGAAUAUGCUGGAAACGAUAACAUCUCGAGAAAGCACAAUGAGGCAUUACAGGGCCAAUAAGGAUGAUGAAUAAAAGCUAUAUAUAGUAUCAAUAGUCCACUACAGAACGGAGUCUCGAGGUAGUGGUAGUGUCAGAUGUCAUCGGCCCAGAUUUUCAAGAUUAUCCAGACAAUCCCAAGACUGCUCAGGAUAACAAUAGCAAAUCCUCCUGCUACGAAACCCAUCAGUUCCCAUGGGAAACUGUUAUCGGGUAUCAGAGGACGUAUGCCUGAGGCCUCUAUACGAGCUGUCUCAAUUUCCUUUAUUCGCUUUUCUUCAACUUGUACGAUAGCAGUGCGUUUGUCGAGCGGGUCGUAUGGUG